UUGUUUAAAAAAGACAGAUGGUAAAUAUAAAAGCCCCAAUUUAAACUUUCAAACAAUCAACUCUGAAACCAUGAAGACAACUUGUGUGUAUUUGCUCCUCGGGCUGGUGCUGAUGGGGAUCUGGGAUUCUGAAGCUGAGUCUCCUGGGCCUCCAAUCCCUGCUAUCUGCUGCUUUUCCUUCAUUGGGUUUUCAAUUCCAGCCAAUAAAAUUAAAAGUGCUGUGAAAACAAACCCAUAUUGUGUAAAAGAAGCUGUAGUGUCAGUCACAACUGAAAGGGGCAACAGCUUUUGUGUGAAACCAGACGAGCCUUGGUUGCAAGCAAUAAUAAGCAAUAAUAAAGAUUCAUAAAUAUAAAAUAAACUUUGAUCAGUUUGAAUGAUCACUUUAUUCUGUACACCUGCCCUUUCUUACAAAAUACACUUCACUAAAUGAUGCAAUAAAUGAUAUUGUACUCAAACUGUGCUCAAAUCAACAAAUUUGCUGUUAAUGAAUAUUAAAACAGAAGCUUAAAACGG